GGCCCGGCGGUAGCGGCGGCGGCCGCGGCGUCUUAAGCGGCGCCCAGUGCAGGAUGGUGGUGGAGGUGGCGGCGGCCGUGGUGGCGGCGGCGUCGUUGGCGGCAGCGGGAGUGGGUGCGGCGGCAGCGGCGGCGGCGCCCGCGGGUGGUAUAAAAUGGCGGAUUUCGAAGAGUUGAGGGAUCUCCAGUACAAUGUUGAAUAGAAGCUGUGAUGGGGGCAUCCUGAUCUUGUUCCUGAUUUUAAAGGGAAUGCUUUCAAAGUUUCACAAGUGGCUGUACCAUUUUACAUCCCUACCAGCAAUGUAUGGAGUGAUCCAGUUUCUCUGCAUCCUCGCCAGCAUUUGGUGUUAUCAGUGUUUUUCAUUUUAGCCAUUCUGAAUAUGGUUUCUAGUUUUAGGGUUUCUGAACUGCAAGUAUUACUAGGCUUUGCUGGACGGAAUAAAAGUGGACGCAAGCAUGACCUCCUGAUGAGGGCGCUGCAUUUAUUGAAGAGUGGCUGCAGCCCUGCGGUUCAGAUUAAAAUCCGAGAAUUGUAUAGACGCCGAUAUCCACGAACUCUUGAAGGACUUUCUGAUUUAUCCACAAUCAAAUCAUCGGUUUUCAGUUUGGAUGGUAGCUCAUCACCUGUAGAACCUGACUUGGCCGUGGCUGGAAUCCACUCUUUGCCUUCCACUUCAGUUACACCUCACUCACCAUCCUCUCCUGUUGGUUCUGUGCUGCUUCAAGAUACUAAGCCCACAUUUGAGAUGCAGCAGCCAUCUCCCCCAAUUCCUCCUGUCCAUCCUGAUGUGCAGUUAAAAAAUCUGCCCUUUUAUGAUGUCCUUGAUGUUCUCAUCAAGCCCACGAGUUUAGUUCAAAGCAGUAUUCAGCGAUUUCAAGAGAAGUUUUUUAUUUUUGCUUUGACACCUCAACAAGUUAGAGAGAUAUGCAUAUCCAGGGAUUUUUUGCCAGGUGGUAGGAGAGAUUAUACAGUCCAAGUUCAGUUGAGACUUUGCCUGGCAGAGACAAGUUGCCCUCAAGAAGAUAACUAUCCAAAUAGUCUAUGUAUAAAAGUAAAUGGGAAGCUAUUUCCUUUGCCUGGCUACGCACCACCACCUAAAAAUGGGAUUGAACAGAAGCGCCCUGGACGCCCCUUGAAUAUUACAUCUUUAGUUAGGUUAUCUUCAGCUGUGCCAAACCAAAUUUCCAUUUCUUGGGCAUCAGAAAUUGGGAAGAAUUACUCCAUGUCUGUAUAUCUUGUACGGCAGCUUACAUCAGCCAUGUUAUUACAGAGAUUAAAAAUGAAAGGUAUUAGAAACCCUGAUCAUUCCAGAGCACUAAUUAAAGAAAAACUUACUGCAGAUCCUGAUAGUGAAAUUGCUACAACUAGCCUUCGGGUAUCCUUGAUGUGCCCUUUAGGAAAAAUGAGACUGACAAUCCCAUGCCGUGCAGUGACUUGUACACAUCUGCAGUGUUUUGAUGCUGCCCUUUAUCUACAAAUGAAUGAGAAGAAGCCCACCUGGAUUUGUCCUGUGUGUGACAAAAAAGCUGCCUAUGAAAGUCUAAUAUUAGAUGGGCUUUUUAUGGAAAUUCUCAAUGACUGUUCUGAUGUGGAUGAGAUCAAAUUCCAGGAAGAUGGUUCUUGGUGUCCAAUGAGACCGAAGAAAGAAGCUAUGAAAGUAUCCAGCCAACCGUGUACAAAAAUAGAAAGUUCAAGCGUCCUCAGUAAGCCUUGUUCAGUGACUGUAGCCAGUGAGGCAAGCAAGAAGAAAGUAGAUGUUAUUGAUCUUACAAUAGAAAGCUCUUCUGAUGAAGAAGAAGACCCUCCUGCCAAAAGGAAAUGCAUCUUUAUGUCAGAAACACAAAGCAGCCCAACCAAAGGGGUUCUCAUGUAUCAGCCAUCUUCUGUAAGGGUGCCCAGUGUGACUUCGGUUGAUCCUGCUGCUAUUCCGCCUUCAUUAACAGACUACUCAGUACCAUUCCACCACACGCCAAUAUCAAGCAUGUCAUCAGAUUUGCCAGGUUUGGAUUUUCUUUCCCUUAUUCCAGUUGAUCCCCAGCAGUACUGUCCUCCUAUGUUUUUGGAUAGUCUCACCUCACCCUUAACAGCAAGCAGUACGUCUGUCACCACCACCAGCUCCCAUGAAAGCAGUACUCACGUUAGUUCAUCCAGCAGCAGGAGUGAGACAGGGGUCAUAACCAGCAGUGGAAGUAACAUUCCUGACAUCAUCUCAUUGGACUAAAGGAGGACUCACUUGAUUCUGGGAAUCAUUCAUCAGAACUGCUUUUUCUUGGAUCUCUAGUCUGUGGAAACUUUUUUUUUUUUUUUAACAAUUUGGUAUUUAUUGAAAGUCAAAUGGAUUCUUUUGCUUUCUGAGAGGUGAACACAGAAGACUGCAACAAGAACCAAAUGACAUGCAAGGAUUUUUCUUAAUUAUGCUGUAUCUCAGCAUCAGAUACAUUCAGCCAUAACUGUAUCUUCCUGAGAGAUGGAUUUCACUUUCAUACGUUAAUGGAUGGAGUCUACAAAUCAAUGAAAAAAGUUUUUGUUAAAGAGCAAUAAAAUUAUGUAAAUAUUCAAGUAACCUUUUUUCUAAUUAAAAAAAAUUGUAAUCAGUGAUUCUAGAAUGACAGCAACUUCUGUUUAACCUACGUGAAGGAAAGAAAAAUAUAUGGAAAGAAAUUAAUGUUUACUGAAUGAGUCCUUUCCAUGGAGAUUUGUUCUGUUUCAUUGAAGUAAUGAAGUUUCAGUACGUGGCCAAAGCUUGGAUUCCACUUUUCGUCCUGCAGUUCCACUUUUCUUCAUGAUCCCAUCAAAGAAAAACGGCAUUUGUGUUACUUGGCUUUUUUCCUGCUUAUCAUUUACACUUUGACGUUGUUUGCUAAUGAAUGCUGUGUGAAGUUCUGGGAUUUGGCUACUCUUCAUUGGUGAUUAUGUUUAAGAGCACUAUGCAGAUUCUGCCCUUGACAUAAUGUGUGUUAUUAUGUUUUUAGUAAUUGUACAUUCUUCAUUCUAGAGUUUUCUAUAAAUUUGAGGCUUGCCUUCUCAAAAAAGAAACCCUAUGCAGCCAUUGAAUGAAAUGUCUUUGGGGUACGGUGUGACUGAAAUGUUUGUUAGAAAUUUGUUCACACUAUCAAAUAUUGAUAUCUUGGAGCCAGCAGAAGAGCAAAUUUUGGGAGGUGGUAAUAACAAAAUUUAAUUUCUUCCCAAGAACUUAAUUUUCUCAUUUAUUUUACAGAAUAGUAGUGAAAUACUUGAUGAAACUUUGUAUUUUGGUAGCACUGACAUAGAAAAUGUGUUUUAGAUUUAUGAUGAUCAUAUUUCUCACCAAUGUAAUUUCAGUCUCAGCAGUGAUUUUCAAACUUAGAAAAAGGGACAGCAUUAGAUUUUUUUUUUCAUUUUUUAAAAACAAAAUCUUACCUGAAACUACAAAAGACAAAAGAGAAUUACAAAUGUUUGAAUUAAAGUGAAGAAGGGUUGGGGAAGAUAAGCCUGAACCCACUUCCUGUCUCAAUCCAUGCUACCCCAAACACUCCAGGGUAUCUCUGAGGUUAUAUUGGGUGCACUUUGAAAAUUUUCUUCUGUAGUGUGUUGCUUUGAUUUUAAAUCACACAGAAAACUGGGUUUUACUCUUAGAGAAACAUUUUCAUCCAAGUUUUAUAGUUUGCUUCAUUUGACUUCCUGAAUCAUUUUUGAGUUCACAAGGAUUUAGUACUUUUCUGUUUAGCUUUCUCUCUCUAAGGUUUACCUUAAAAACGAAGUCCUUAUUUUAAUGGCCAGUCCAACCAAUUGAUUUCUCAAACUGAAGUGCCCAGGUGAGGACUUAUCAAUUUCAGUUAGAAUAGGGAUGUACUACUUAAGAGUUGGUGCAGCUCCAAGGAGCUUACUUGUACUUGCUUGGGUUUUGUUUUUUUUGUUUUGUUUUGUUUUGUUUUGUUUUGUUUUGUUUUUGUUGUAACUUUCUCAAGUUUCCAUGGCCUUUGUGUAUUCUUUUUAUGUUGAUUUAAUUUCAUGUGGUUUCCCAUAUCAUCCCUUCUUUGGCUACAUCAUCUCCUUAUUCAAGAGAUUAUCCCUUUGUGGGGGCUGCUUAUUUUAAAGAUGUGGGGGGAAAAAACCCGAAUCUAUGAGCAGUAGUUGCACAUAGUUGCCAGUUUUAUCUUCUUAGUCAUUAGAUUUCCAAACCAUGUUGUAGUUUUUUGGUCCAGAUAUAAUAUUUCUUUCUCAUAAAGUUUUAUGUUGCUGCUCUAAAUACAGAUGCAAUUUUUAUUGACUCUGUAAUCAGAUAGAAAAAAUUUAACUUGAUUUGUGUGGCAUAAUUAAUAAAGAAAUUAUGUAUAUUUGUUAUUUUGUUACCCUUUAGAUUGUCAGAGACUCCCCAAUUUAAUCAACAAAGUUUUAUAAAGUAAAUGAAAAUAUUAGUAGAAAUUAGUUUAUUUACUUGGUUCUUAUAACUGAUACCUCUGUGCUUUUGUAAUUGUGAUUUUUUUUUCUGUUUUCUGUGGACAGUUUUAAUGUUCAGUUUGGUGUUUUACACUGAAAUUACAUAUAAAUUUUUAAUUUAUUUCAUACAGGCAACUUGCAUUUUAAAAAAUACACUUUGAAGUUUAUCAUCUUGAAGUUGGGGCUUGCAUUGUGUAUCUGUCUUUGAGCAUUAGUACUUUAUGAUUUUGGCCUUAUGGCAGCAUCAUGAUUACUGAGCCAUCAGACUUUAAUAUGGUCAUUGUUUCUUAUCCAGACCCUAACUUUCUAGUAGUUUAUUUUGCUAUCCCAGAUUUCUGCUUAACCAGAUACAAGGGAUUUUCAGUGGGGUUGUCUUAGCUGUCACCUAGAUUAUCUUAGGAAAUGAACUGUAAUUGUCAGUCUCCUAAAAUCAAAUUUUAUUAUUAUUAUUAUUAUUAUUAUUAUUAUUAUUUUGAGGCUGAAUCUUACUCUUGUUGCCCAGGAUGGAGUAUAAUGGUGCAAUCUUGGCUCAUUGCAACCUCCGCCUCCAGGGUUCAAGCGAUUCUCCUGCCUCAGCCUCCCAAGUAGCUGGGAUUACAGGCAUGAACCACCACGCCCAGCUAAUUUUGUAUUUUUAGUAGAGACGGGGUUUCUCCAUUUUGGUCAGGCUGGUCUCGAACUCCCGACCUCAGGUGAUCCGCCUGCCUUGGCCUCCCAAAGUGCUGGGAUUUACAGGCAUGAGCCACCGUGCCCGGCCAAAAUAAAAUGUUUUUAUCUUUCUUCACUGAGAACUAUGAAGGGCUUUUCUUGCUCUGGUAAUCCCCCACAGUGUAAUUGGUGCUGAAAAUAGCUUUGUGCCUGAGGUCUGUUUUCACUCACUCACUUUCUGACCAUUAGGUGAGCCACUUCAGGAUUUUCUAGCCUGAAGUUAUAAAAACUUGGCAUCUGUCCUUAGAUAAUUGUAAAGGCAAAACGAAAGCAUUGAGGUGAAUUUAGGUUAUAUGGCAUUUAUCUGGUAAUGUGUUUCAGAAAAGCUAGAAUGAAAAUAUGAUGUAAGGGAUAGCGAGGAUAGGUUGAUUCAUAAUUCUUGGUAUAAAACCAAGUUUUCCUUAGUCUUGAGGAAUUUGAAGAAAGGUAAAAUGUUGGAUUUUAAGCAAAGUAGGAUUGACCAGAGACUGUUCUGACUUUGACAUUCAGACCUUUCAGAUGUUCUUCCUUCAGACCAGUCCAAGACACUCACCAUUUCCAACCAAGUUGUCUUUUUUUUCUGCCAAUAAAGUAUUCAUUAGUUGACAUUUGUUUGUAUUUUAGGUAAAGUCAAUUUUUUAAAAACAUUAAUUUAAUUCAUAGGUAUGCCUUUCAUUUCUCUGGCCUUCAGUUGGUUUAAAAAAAAAAAAAAGCACUUAGCCAGACCAUUCUUUAUUUAGUAAACAUUUUUAUUUUCUUAAUUUUUCCUGCAAGAUUUUCUCCAUUUUCAUGGAAUGUCAUAAUGACAUUACCAUUAUUUUCUAGCUCUUUUCAUCAUAGAAAAAUGUAGAGCAGUGCACCGUUUAAACAUGUCUGACAUUAGAUUUAGUGGUCCUGGCUUCAUGUGAUUUGGGAGCUUUAAGUUGUCAUUUAGAUUGAUGAUUCAACCUGAUUCACCAUCUUUUUUACUACAAUUCUACAUGAAUGUGGUGAAACAGGUAGAAGAAAAUUAAGCAUUUCUCUGCUUUUGGAAUCUAAUGUUCCUGCCAAGUGACUGGUUUGUAACACCCCCUCACCCCCACUUUGUUAGGAACCUGCAAUUCCUAAAAGAAAUAAAUAAAGCUGUAUACAAUGUCCAUUCGUUAA